AGUGUUACCGCACCACUAAAUCGACGAUGACGUACCAACAGUGAGUCCAAUGAUUUGACCCACAAAAAUUUCUCCAUUCCCAAAAAUUCGACAAGGAACCCUAGCGGAGGUUUUUUUUACUCCGAUGGAGGCGGACGAGCGGCGGAACGGCGAUUCGACGAGUCACAAUCACCGUGCCCCGAAGAAGCCACGCCUGGCUGGGCUCUUGACCGAGUCAGAUAUCCGGUCCGAGUUCGCUCACCACCAGACCGGUGUUGCCAGAAUCAACAACGGCAGCUUCGGGUGCUGUCCCGGCUCCGUUCUCGAGGCGCAGCGUGAGUGGCAGCUUCGGUAUCUCCGUCAGCCCGACGAGUUCUACUUCAACAGUCUCCGUCGUGGAUUGCUCGCUUCUCGAACCGUGAUUAGUGACCUAAUCAACGCCGAUGACGUCGACGAGGUCUCGCUCGUUGAUAACGCGACCACAGCUGCCGCUAUUGUUCUUCAGAAAGUGGGGCGAUGUUUCUCGGAAGGGAAGUAUCGGAAGGAAGACACUGUAGUGAUGUUCCACUGUGCGUUCCAGAGCGUGAAGAAGUCGAUUCAGGCUUAUGUCUCGCGCGUCGGUGGCUCCACUGUCGAGGUUAGGUUACCUUUCCCUGUAAAUUCGAACGAAGAGAUUAUCUCGGCGUUUAGAGAAGGAUUAGAGAAAGGUAGAGCGAAUGGUAGAACGGUUAGGUUAGCUAUCAUUGACCAUAUAACUUCGAUGCCGUGUGUAUUGAUGCCGGUACGAGAGUUGGUUAAAAUCUGCAGAGAAGAAGGCGUGGAGCAGGUUUUUGUUGAUGCAGCUCAUGCCAUUGGUAGUGUUAAGGUUGAUGUCAAAGAAAUCGGAGCUGAUUACUAUGUGAGCAAUCUGCAUAAAUGGUUCUUUUGUCCACCUUCUAUCGCGUUUUUUUAUUGCAAGAAACGCAGUUCCGGGUCCGAUGUUCAUCACCCUGUGGUGUCUCAUGAGUUUGGAAAUGGUUUGCCUAUAGAGAGUGCCUGGAUUGGGACAAGGGAUUACAGUUCUCAGCUUGUGGUUCCAUCUGUGAUGGAGUUUGUAAACAGGUUCGAGGGAGGGAUCGAAGGGAUAAUGAACCGGAACCAUGAAGAGGCUGUUAGAAUCGGGUUAAUGCUGUCUAAUGCUUGGGGAACGAAUCUUGGGUCACCUCCUGAGAUGUGUGUUGGGAUGGUUAUGAUCGGUUUACCUUCAAAACUGUGUGUUGACAGCGAUGAAGAUGCUACUAAGUUGCGGUCAUAUCUGCGGGUGCAUUACUCGGUCGAGGUCCCAGUUUAUUUUCUUGGAUUGAGGGAUGGCGAGGAAGGUGUGAAAGACAAAGAUAGUGGGCUAAUCACUGCGUAUGUUCGGAUUUCUCAUCAAGUUUAUAACAAAACAGAAGAUUACGAGAGAUUGAGAGACGCAAUAACAGAGGUAGUCAAGCAUCAGAUGACUUGUCAAAACCUUCCUUGAGUGUAGAUAGUUUGAUAUAUUCCACCGCAAGAGCCUGAUAUGGACUCUUCCAUAGUUCAUCAGAUGGUUCCGUUGUAACAAUAAGGCGUUAGAGGCGCCACCGGGAAAAGUUCCGGAGGUAACUUUAUUGAUGACCUUGGUGGAGGAUCGACUUGCAAUGGAAGAAGAAGCUAACCUUGAGGAGUUUUUUUAGUGUAUUUUUAACGUUUAACGGCUUUGUAUUGUUUAUCAAGCAAAUAAAAUCAUGUCCCUUUUUCUUCAUCAAACAUUCUGCUUUCAAAUCUUGUGUUGUAUGCAUUCCGACGAAAAAAAAUCCUUAUUUAAGACUUUUUA